AUGGCCAGCUCUCGCUCUGCUCUUCUGGUGCCCGUGUGCAUGCUGUUGGCGUUGAUUGCUGUUGCACAGCCUGCCACUGCUGCUAAUGCCGCUUUCGGCAUCUUUGACGAUUCCACAUGCAUGACCUUCUCGUACACGGUCCCCUCGGUGGACAUUGGCACCGGCAUUUGCAAGGGCAGCGUCACCCUCGGCACCACAUACUACCGCAUCAAUGCCAUCUCGGAUUCGUCGUUCUCAUACAACCUCGGCUGCGAUUCGACCUGCACCACCUGCACAACGUCCGGAACCGCCGCUCCCGGCACUUGCAUCAGCGCCCCGAAUGGCAAGUACGUGACCGCCCAUCCGAUCAAGGCCACAACCAUCCUUUCGAAUAUUGGGGAGGCGGGUUGCAACAGCACCACGAGCUCGACCGUCCCGAGCGGCACCUGCACAAACACCGCCUCGCACGGCCCGAUUCGCAUGAUUGACAUUGGCCAGAGCAGGGUUUGGUACAACUAUGGCUGCGAUUCCGUUUGCAGCGUUUGCAAGAUUAUUGGCCGAACCACCGCCGGCUCGCCAUGCACCUCGCUCGCUCUCGGGACAGUCAUCGACGGCUAUUUCAGCAUCAACAGCUCUGCGUCGCUGACCGCUUCCGUCACGCUCAUUGGCAUGGCUGCGGCUAUUCUGUCCGCCUUUACUGUUCUCGGCUAG